AUGGUCGCGACCAGUGCGAAAGAUGUUGACAGCGCAGAAAUCGUCAAGCAGAUCGCCCAUUUCUUGAAGAAGAGCGGCAAGGUCCAGCUCCCAGCAAAUGCGGACCUUCUCAAGCUCGGCCAGUUCAAGGAACUUGCUCCCAUCGACCCUGACUGGUUUUACAUCCGAUGCGCGGCCAUUGCCCGACGACUCUACUCGCGCCCCACAGGCGUUGGCGGUCUGCGCAAAAUCUACGGAGGCAAGCUGCGCCGUGGCGUCCGCCCCAACCACUGGGUUGCGGGAUGCGGAUCCGUAUGCAGGCGCGCCCUCCAGACGCUCGAGAAGCUGAAGUGGGUCGAGAAGAAGGGAGAUGGCAAGGGACGCAUCCUUUCGAAGCAAGGCCGCAAGGACCUCGACAGAAUCGCAUCCGAUGUGCGCUCCAAGGCCCUCCCCGUCGAAUCCCUU